GCCGGCCGGGGCGGGACGAGGGGCCCGGCACCGCCCCGGUCGCCCUCCAGCACCUAGGGCCGAGCCGCCGGCCGGUCCCGGGCAGAGCAGCGCCGCCCGCCCCGCAGUGCCCCCGCUCCGGCACAGGCUCUGGGUUGCUGUAGGAGGAGUUUGCGGUCACCUCCCCCUCUGACGUCCAGAGGCCAGAUUCUCCCACCAAGGUACCUCCCCAGCCACCAAGAUGUCCAGCAAACGUGCCAAAGCCAAGACCACCAAGAAGCGCCCGCAGCGCGCCACCUCCAAUGUCUUCGCCAUGUUUGAUCAGUCCCAGAUCCAGGAGUUCAAGGAAGCCUUCAACAUGAUCGACCAGAAUCGCGACGGGUUCAUCGACAAGGAGGAUCUGCACGACAUGCUGGCUUCCAUGGGGAAGAACCCCACCGACGAGUACCUGGAAGGCAUGAUGAGCGAGGCACCAGGGCCCAUCAACUUCACCAUGUUCCUCACCAUGUUUGGGGAGAAGCUGAACGGCACCGACCCGGAGGAUGUCAUCCGCAACGCCUUCGCCUGCUUCGACGAGGAGGCAUCAGGGUUCAUUCACGAGGACCAUCUGCGUGAGCUGCUGACCACCAUGGGGGACAGGUUCACCGACGAGGAGGUGGAUGAGAUGUACCGGGAGGCGCCCAUCGACAAGAAGGGCAACUUCAACUACGUGGAGUUCACCCGCAUUCUGAAGCACGGGGCCAAGGACAAAGACGAUUAGUGCCGAGAGCCGCUCCCUGCCUCCUGUGCACGCUGCCCAGCCCCUGCCCCCUCGCUGCCCAGCCCCACAGCAGGCUUCCCCUCACCCAGGACGUCACCCUGCUCCAUGUCAUGCCGAUGCUGGCGCGUGGCACCGUGCCCUUGCUGGAGGAACACUCCCCUCACCGUGCCGUUGCGUGCGCAUCCGUCCUCCCCCAUCGCCUCUCAUUGCCUGCAGGCUCAGCCCCCGGGACCCAGCCAGGCUCCAUCCCCACCCAGCAGCUGCUCUCCCCGUGGAGCAGGGGGCGUCCUAGGGCAGGGGCAAGCAGCCCAGGUGAGCACCGGCUGGUGGGGAUUUUGGCUGGCUCAAAUCAGUGCAGUCCAGGGGACCUGAUGCAGAAAGAAGCUCUCCCUUUACCUCCCACACUCCCUUUAGGAAAGAAAAAGAAGAACACUUUUGUUUCCCCAUCUAUGUCUGUUUUAUGGCUUUAGAGCCUGUAAUUUGAGGGGGUCAGAAAACUGAAGCAGCCUAUAAAGUCUGAUGGUGUAACACAACACGGUGCUGUGUGGCUCCCUCCCUGACCAGCACAGCCCUGGUGCUGUGCCACUCAGAUUUGGGGCUGAGGGCCACUCGUGCCUCCAGCUCCCAUACCACAUCCCCCAGCAUCUGCCCUUGCCCACCGGGGUCUCCUCCUGACGACACCCUGUUUCAAACCGAAUCAUUCCCAACCUGUCUGUGCAAAAUUGGCUUAAGCAUCAUUUUCUGCCUUUGCUGAUAGUUGUGCUUUGGGACAGGCAGAGGAAAGGGACUGAGAUACAAAGGUGGAAUCCUCUCCUCUCCUCUCCUCUCCUCUCUGCUCUGCUCCUCUCCUCCCCUCUUCUCAAGCACCCAGCAUCAUCCCAUGCCCACUGCCAACACCCCUGUUUAAGCCAGGACUGCUGAGGCAGCACGGUCCCUGCACUGCCAGCCCUUCCUCAGCAGUCAGCUUUGUUGUGCUGUUUGUCCCAGUGGUUUGAUUAAUUAACACCAUCCUGACACAGCGGGAGGGGAUAAGGGGGUUCCCACAUUGCUGGAGGUCACCACCUGCAUCCCUUCAAAGGAUGAGGAGGGAAAUGUGAUGACAAACCCAGAGAGCCUGGCGAGGUGGUGCCCAGGGCACAGCUGCCAGAAGAGCUCAGAUGGGGCUGGCGGUGCCCCAGGAGCACGUGGAGCUGGGGUUGGCACCCCCCUGCCCCAGACCUGCCAGGCCUGGGGCCGUGUCCUCGCCUGGGACAUGGCCCAUGGUUUGAGAGCUUGUUUGCUUCUGCUUUCCAGGCACUGCCAAUGCAAGGAAGCGCAAGCUGUAUUAUCGGGGCACAGAGAGGGGAGAGGGCAGGCCAAGCCCUCCCAGGGGGGUUUGUGCUCUGCAGCAGCAGCCAGGUACAAGCCCACCUCCAGGCUCACAAAGCAAAGCUGGGCACUGUUUAUUCCCUAAUGCUUUGCAUACUGGGGAAAAACAUGCAGUCCUCCCCCAAAGCAAAGUCCCAGGCCUGAAGGCUGCUGAAAGGCAGGAUGCUUUUAAAAAGCUUCUUCACUGAGCUUUAUGGCAAAGCAGACAUCUCACAGACAUCACGGGGCCAACGGCUCCAUCCACUCACAGGUCUGAUCUCAGAGCUGAUUCUCAGAAGAUAUCCCUCAACCCUGAUGCCAGCAAAGUAGAGAAACCUUGUUAGUGGACACAGGGGUGUGUGUGGGAAGAAUAAAUCUGUGCUUUGCAAGGUGCCAUCCCGCCUCCCCUGGCUGCUGGAGCUCCUUGCAGGUGGAGCACACGGAGAUGGGGCUGCCAUAAAGGGCUGCAGAGGGCCUUAUGAGACUGCAGGGAGGCACCAAAAGGCAGGUGCUGCUCUGGGUGGGUUGAUGUGAAGUGAAGCACGUGGGGAAGAUCAGCCCCGGCUUCACAGCUGCAAUGCCCCAGCUCAGCGUGUCACCCUGAGCAGCAGCAGGUGAGGGGCAGCCCCAAGGAAAGGGAAGAGCCCAACAGCUGGUGAAGAAAAAAAAUAAAUAAACCAACAACAACAGAAAAAAAAAAGAAAAAGAAAAAGAAAAAGAAAAAAAAAAAACAGUCACAUAGUAGGAAUUACUAGGAAAAGAAGGGAUUCCAAGAGGGAGUGCUGUUUGGCCAUUGUCUCAGUCUCUAUGCCCCCCACACCUUGAGUAUAAAAAAGAUCUCACCAAGCUAGGAGCAUGCAGAGGAGAGCACCAGGGAGGUUUGACAUCAAGGAACUUAGUUUACUAAAGCAGAUGAUUGACUUAAACUAGGUGAAAAAGGAACUAAGGGCACACAUGUAAAGGGGCUGUGCUGGCUACACAGAGUGGUGCAGAAUUAUCUUCUGGGUACUGGCUCCUUCAGCCCUUUCCCCUUUGACUGCAUCUCCUGUGCUACCUCCUGAGCUCGUGUUUGGGCUUCUAUCAGCAAUGCUCAGAGCCUUUUCUGUGCUUUGUCACCAACACAAGCAGCUGGGGCUGUUUGCCUUCUGUGCUGUCAGCUGUGCAUGCCCCAAAUGUUUUUCAUCCACUUUGGUCAAAGCCACUUCAUCCACAGAGGGAGAAAGAAACAUCAGCAAACCUCCAAACUAGUUUCUUGUGAAAGGUUCCCAGGCUUUACUUCUAGGGGAUGUUCUCUUUAAAAAUAAAAAAUAAAUGAAAAAUAAA